AUGUCAACAGUGGGAGAUUCGAGGAGCGUCACUGAUGGCCCUCCAUCCGAGGCAGGGAGUACAACCAAGCCCAAGCUGCAGCUCCCUGCAAGCUGUGACCCACCCCUCCCGAAUAGUCCUCGAAAACAGCUUGUAUGGGUUGUGUUUGGAGGCACUGGCCACAUGGGCCGGUCUCUGGUCAAGAGCGCGUUCGCCCACGGAGACCUGGUUUCUAUCGUUGGCAAAGUCUUUGAAUCGGAUCCAAAGACCAUGGGACAGACAUCGCCGCAGUGCCUCACUACCGUCUGUGACGUGCGGUCUCGAGAGUCGGUGGAGAAGGUCAUCAACAAAACGCUGUCGCACUUUGGCCGCAUCGAUGUCAUCGCCAAUUGCUCCGGCUAUGGGGUGAUUGGUGCGUGCGAGGAUCAAGACGAGCAUGAUAUCCGCAACCAGUUCGAGACCAAUUUCAUGGGCACGUUGCACAUCAUCCAGUCAAGCCUUCCGUACUUUCGGCAGAACGGGGCCGGGCGGUACUUGAUAUUCAGCUCCACCUCCGGAGCACUGGGCGUGCCGGGGCUGGGGCCGUACUGCGCCACAAAGUAUGCCGUCGAGGGCCUCAUCGAGGCCAUGCUCUACGAGAUUGACUCCUUCAAUGUCAAGGCUACGCUCGUCGAGCCAGGGCUCGUGCGAAGGGACGAACCCGACUCCAAGACGAAUCCCCUCCCGACCUGGGGCCACUUCUGGAUCAAGCCUGCGAGUGAGCCAUACGGCCAGGCUACAUCGCCGGCGCUGCACGCCAAGAGAAUGGUAUCGUGGCUCGGGGACCGGCAGCCGACCAGCGCCGUCAAGUGCGCAGAGCUGGUAUGGCAGCUGGGCCACUGCUCUUACCCACCCCUGCGUCUCAUCCUCGGCAGCUAUGCAAUCGAGAGCAUCCGUGACAGGCUGCGCUCCGUUACCGAAGAGCUCGAGGAUUGGAAGCACCUCAACUUUCCGGCGGCCCCGGAGUCCGGCGGCGGAGACAAGGACAAGACGGAGAAGGACGAGCGGGGGGACAAAGAUGACAAGACGGACGAGGACAAGGACGAAGAGAUGGCCGAUGUCUCGGGCCAAGGCGAGAUCCAAGUUGCUACUUGA